GAUGUGGGAUUUGCAUUGCAGAAAAUGGGGCUGUAUUAUCUGCACAAAUGGUUGUUCAGUCUUUUGCUACUGUCAACAAAUUGCUUUAAAUUCAGUUUAUCCAACAGUAAACUCAUAUGCCCUGAUUAUUGUAAAUGUUUUAUAUCCUCGGGUUUACGCACAGCUACAUGUAUAGGACAGAGACUGCCAAACAUAGAAACUGAUGUGCCAAGUAACGUUCAAAUACUAGACUUAACCAGUAAUUCCAUAUCAACGCUGGAAAAAGAUGGGUUUAAGAAUCUUGGGCUAACAUCCCUCUACAAAUUGCAAAUCCGCCACAACCACAUAGGGAACAUGGACCUUCACGCAUUUUCAGGACUUACAGAACUAAUAAUAUUAGACUUAUCUUACAAUCAUCUUGAUUACAUUUUGCCAGCAACAUUUGAAGAUACUCCUCGGCUGCGAUCAUUUUAUCUGCAAGGAAACAGGCUCAAGAUAUACCCAGGACCUUUUCUGAUAAUUCCAGCUCUCCAGAUUCUAGACAUCAGCAGUUGCCAAUUGGAUCACUUAUAUCAUGACAAUUUUAUGGAACUACCUGCUCUGUUAAGCCUGAACUUAUCACAUAACCAGCUGAUAAAAUUGGAAGUGAAUGUGUUGGCAACACUUCAGAAUCUACAAAGCAUAGACCUCAGAAAAAAUCCAUGGUCAUGUGAUGGAAAUACUCAUGAACUAGAAGCAUGGCUAAAGAAAUACCAUGUUCAGUUUGAUCCAGUGUGCAAGAAGAAACCUGAGAACAGUGACAAAUUUCAAAAGAUUGUCUCUGCAGUUGACAACCAAAAUGACACAGAAGUAAUGAGUGAUGACGAUUUAUUAAGGCUCUGGUCAAUUAAUGCAAAAGAUAAAGACUCUUAUAUGAAAGAAAAUGAAUGUGUAAAAAGUAAUAAUUCAACUUCAAACAGUGAUAAUAUUUUUAAAAUUUUUGACAAGAUUCCUUCAUUCUGGUCAUUCUUAAUGGGUAUAGAGAUUGGAAUUGUGAUUGGAGGGAUAGGUAUGUGGCUGUUGAACAGAUUUCACCGUGUCCGAACGUCACAGCCAAUGCCUGUCUCAAGAAGACUUAACAAUACACAUAGCAUACAAUCACUGCAAAACAGAGCUUCUUUCUUCAGAUGGAGAAGUAUAGAGGAGGAUACUACUGCAUUGUGGACCGAACUGGAAACCAUCAACUGUCCUGACACUCCACCCCCAGCUUAUCGUGAUUCUUUUGUUCACAUCCAAAGAAACACUUUUACAUGACACAAAAGAACAGACUGGCCAACUGUGUCUCCAAACUUAAACAGAUCUCAUAAUUUAUUUAUUCUUCUGCACAUUCAUUUUGUAUAUAAAUUUGACAAAUAC